GUAGUUGCAGAAGAGGAGGAUGGAGGAGAGGGGAAGGGGGAGGCAGCAUCGCUUCAGAUGCAUUGCCCCUUUUGCUGCGAGUGGCUAUCAUGCCUACCGGAAAAAGACAGUGUCGUUCCAUGUCGAGAAGCAGUCAGAGAACACGAUGAUGUUUCUCUCUCAAGGCCGAGGUGCUUGAGACUCACGCCCCACUGAUGAUGUCCGACUGACGGCCGGAAUGAUGGUGUCACGCGUCCGGAUGGGGCGUUUAAAUGCUGUCCGGUGUUCUUAGUCCAUACAGGUGAUCUUACGCUCGGGCCCAGCGCCGCUCGACCCCACGCGCACCCCCACGGGCACCUGGCGUUUUCGACGCUUUGAUGCUGCGGGACCCAGCCUGGCCCCGAUAGAAGAAUGAGUAGAUUGAUGGGUAUCGUUUUCCCUACAUGGUGUGUUGUUAUGGCCAGAGCUCGUGCUCAUUGCAUAAAAGGAGUCCCGUCAGCGCCCUGUAGCGGAUGCAGCUAGCUUUGAGCAGCUGAGGGGAACGGAUGGCCAGGGUUUGCGGAUUCGACGGAGGCGUCGCGUCGCCGGAGUCGGUGUCUUCCGUGUCGAAGGCGGUGGCUAGGGAGGCGGAUGAUUUGGAGGUGGAGGAUGUGGGUGGGGGGUCGGUGGGGGAGAGGGAGGAGGAGGAGGUGAUGGAUGAAGAGUGGGGUGACGAGGCGGAGGCGGAGGCAGAGCUAGAGCUGGGGCUGGCUUUAGGCUCGGUAAAGAAGGGGAAGGCGUCAGCCUCUUCGCCUCACCGGGCAUCGUGCUGCCGCAUCCUGACAGCGAAGGAUUUCCCCUCGCGUGCUUCGCAGAGGUCUCCCUGCUCCUUUGUGUCCGCAUCAUCCGGCACCAACUUGGGCGGAGGUGCCGGCGUCGUCGGGACCAAACGUGCUGCAGAAUCUGUCUCCCCGGACGUCGGCGUUUCCCCACAUCCUCCUAGUCAAGCGUUGGUUGGAUGGCCGCCUAUAAGGGCUUCUAGGAUGAACAACUUGUCCAACCACUCCAAAGGCACCACCUCUGACGUCGAAGCCACCACUGUUAAGAAGACCAACCGCAACAACGGUAACAACAGCACCAGUCAGGUGGUCAAUGGUUGCAAGGAUCAGGAGAACAAAGGGAAGGUGUUGCAGGGUACUUUCUUCGUUAAAGUGAAAAUGGACGGUGACCCCAUUGGAAGGAAGGUGGAUCUUCAUGUCCAUAACUCAUAUGAAACUCUUGCUGCUGCACUUGAGCUCAUGUUUAACAAGCCAACCAUGACAUUAACCCUCGCUAACACUGUCCAUGGAUCAAGGUUCUCAAAGUUGUUAGAUGGUUCUUCUGAGUUUGCUCUUACUUAUGAAGACAAGGAUGGUGAUUGGAUGCUUGUCGGAGAUGUGCCUUGGCAAAUGUUUCUGGAAACAGUCAAGAGACUUCGAAUGAUGAAAACCUCAGAUGCGCAUGGUCUAAGCAAAUCAGGUCAGUUUGGAAAGCGACCAGAUUGCUUUUGUUCAACAAUGUCAGUAGAUCAGUAGUUGCCUGGGCUGCCUAGCCUCUGGAUUCAGAGAAUGGUAACACAUGGAGAGGAAGAUUGACUCUGGAGUGCAUAACAUAGAAUUAAAGCAAAGCUAAUGCCGAGGAGCAACGUUCAAGUUUUCUUCUACUUCCAAACCUGUUGCUAUCAUUUUGCCUAUUGAUAGUCAUUUUCUGGAUAGUUGCCUUUUUGUCAAGGAAUACUCUGUUUUUUGUGUUUACUUUGUCUAUGGCACCAGUCAUUUAUACCUUUAUGGCAACAUCCACUACAUGAAUGCUCUUUGGAUACUGUAAAUAUGGAUGUUUGGUCCAGUUUAGAUUUAA